UGCGCAAAAUCAACCGCAGCUUUGGCUGUCAAUCACCGAAUCUGGGCUGGUGAUUACUCACCGUCACCUGGUGAUCACCAAGUAAUACCGAUGGGGGAUUGAACUGUAUGUAAACAAUACAGUUCUCUCCCCUGUCAGCUCCAUCACACUGCUUUGUAUGGCUCUGCAUAGCAGAGCCAGUGGAAACCACAGGCACAGCCCCAUAGUAAAACACACACAGCACACAGUUAACCCUUUGAACACCCCAGAUGUUAACCCCUUCCUGCUCAGUGCCAUUAGUGCAAUGUCAGUGCUUUUUAUUAGCACUGAUCACUGUAUUGGUGUCACUGGGGAUGUCAGUGACACAAAGUCAGUUCCCCCCAGUGUCUGAAUGCCCACUGCAGUCCCGCUAUAAGUUGCUGA